AUGAUUUGUACUGGUAUUGACCAGCAAGAUCAGGAAAACAAAGCUAUCGAGGAUUACAUCUUUUCGAAAACGAUCGCACAAUAUUGUCGGUAUGCAGCUCUUUUUAUAAUUGGAUCUGUACCUAAAUCUCGACAUUUUACUGCUAACGUUCUACCAAACCUCGAUGAAACCCGUUUCAAAGAAUUGAUUCGUGUUAGCUGGAGCAGUUUCAAAAUAAUUCUGGAACUGAUUCGGCAUGAUGGGGUAUUCCACACUUUGCAAGCGCGCAAGCAAUUUCCCGUUGAAAUCCAACUUUUAAUAGUUCUCUAUCGUUUGGGAUCUUAUGGCGAAGGCGCAUCUAUUGCCAAACUUUCUGCCUUUUUUGGAAUCGAUGACGGAGGCACAAUUCAAAUCAUUACUGAUCGGGUUUUCAAAGCCAUUCUAAACCUGAAAUCGAGAUAUAUCUCAUGGCCUGACGCUACUGAAAGACGCGGAAUAGUUGCAAGAAACUUCCAUGAGCUGCCUCAUUGCAUUGGGUAUGUUGAUGGUACAGAAAUUAAGCUGGCUGAAAAACCUGUUACUGAUCCAGAAGCAUAUUUCUCACGGAAACACAUGUACUCGUUAAAAGUCCAAGCCGUGUGUGACUAUCAAAAAAAAGUUCGUCAUAUCCCAAGUAACAAAACAGGUUAUAUCUGAGUUUUUUAGAGCUAGAUACAACCAAAACAUAAAACCUUCAAUGCCGACCACGCGGCUAUAACAACCUAUUAACAACAGCUAUAUACAUGAGUCAUGGCUAGUUGGCCCAGGUUUAAUGCAGUCAUCAAAACUUCAUAUGCGCUCCAUCAUAGGACCAGAUGUUUUUAACAGGCCGAUUUGCCUGCCAUAGAAUGGCCUCGAAAUUUUAACUGAGAUAUAUUCUCCAAAUUAAAUGUGAAGCGAUAAAUUUUAUCUAGGUUUCAUUUCUCAAUGCCAACAUUAUAUUCCGACAGUGUCGUGAAAACAGUAAUGUGUGAGUUCUUUUUAUAAUGAUUGAUUAUUAGUGUCAUCUGUAUCGUUUUCGUGCAAGUAAAAACACAUGCCGUGAAAUAUUUAUGGUGAAACAAGCCACAUAUUUUAUCGUAAUUACCGCUCGCCGCCGUAAUUCUGUAGAAAAUGACUAUUCAAUCAAAAUUUUAUUCCUCUGAACUAGAAUGAUGAUUGAAUAAAUGCCAUGAUUUGUCAUAUUUCGUUAAAUGUAUGACUUUAUCAAUCAUUCGAAUUUCAAAUCUACUCUGUGGUAUCGGUAAUAUUUUAAAAUAAAAUGCUGAUUUAGGAUUGAAUUUCAUAAUUCCGCAUUUUUCAUUCAACGCGACAUGUUGUUUUUGGAUAAACCUUCGAACGCUCUCAAAAUCCUUCAUCAUAACUGAUUCUCUUAAUUUGAUCAGAACAUAGCGUAUAUUAAAUCCAAUACGCCGAUCACGGUAUUCAUCUGCCUAAGUUACGAUCAUCAAGUUUUAUU